CAAUUUGUAUUUUUUUAGCAUCUACCAAUCCAUAAUCUGCGAUUCAUCUCUCAAUCUCCAUCGGAAAUUAAUUUGCAAUUCAAUCUCCUAGGGCGAUUAAUCUUCAAUUUGUAAUUUCUGACACCGGCGGGCAACGAAGUGACGGACCUAUUCAGUCGGUGGUCCGGUAGUGCUGAGACGGCGGAGGGGCAGUUGGCAAUUGGUAAAAUCCAAGAAAAUGUUGUAUGUAAUUGGUUUGGGCUUAGGGGAUGAGAAAGACAUCACUUUGAAAGGACUUGAAGCGGUGAAGAAGUGCAGCAAAGUAUACAUGGAAGCCUACACUUCUCUUCUAUCUUUUGGCCACUCUUCAAAUGGCCUUUCUGCUCUGGAAAAUCUAUAUGGAAAAUCAAUUACCCUCGCAGACAGAGAAACUGUUGAAGAGAAGAUUGACAUCAUACUGUUGGAAGCCCAGUCCUCUGACAUUGGUUUCCUUGUAGUUGGAGAUCCUUUUGGAGCAACUACCCAUAGCGAUCUAGUUGUUAGAGCAAAAAAGUUGGGGGUGGAUGUAAAGGUUGUGCAUAAUGCAUCAGUAAUGAACGCCGUUGGGGUUUGUGGUUUACAACUAUACCGUUAUGGAGAGACAGUCUCCAUUCCCUUUUUCACAGAAACAUGGAGGCCGGACAGUUUCUAUGAGAAGAUUCGUGAAAACCGGAAGCUUGGAUUGCAUACCCUCUGCUUGCUAGAUAUACGAGUGAAAGAACCCUCAUUGGAAUCCUUGGCUAGAGGAAAAAAGCUUUAUGAGCCACCAAGGUACAUGACAACAAGUACAGCAAUUGAACAACUCUUAGAAGUGGAAGAAUCCCGUGGGGAAUCAGCAUAUAAUGAAGACACUACUUGUGUCGGGUUUGCCCGUCUGGGUAGUGAAGAUCAGAGGGUGGUUGCGGCUUCUAUGAAGCAAUUGAUAACUUAUGAUUUUGGGCCUCCUCUACAUUGUCUAGUCAUUGUUGGCACUACUCACCCAGUGGAAGAUGAAAUGCUCCAACUCUAUGCUUGUUGAGAGUUUAGUUUGCCUACCGGCCGUGAAGCCGCGUCAAAAUUGACAAUUGUUGCAACACCACCUUACAUUUUUCCUUUGUAGGUAGUUCAUCCAUCCUUAUUGAAUGUUUAUUAGUACUAGUUUUUAAGGUUUUUCAGUUAUAGAACCUUUGUUUGUUCCUCUCUUUAGGGGAAUGUUUAUUUGGUGGGCUGCUUUUGAGAUUAGAUUCCGAUGUCAUAAUUAUAAUAUCGGGCAACUAUUAUGCUUGUUUUGUAAAAUUGGUGAUUUUU